GCUCUCCAGUGCACAUUUCCUGUUGAUUGGAAUUUUAUGGAAUGUCAAAAGCGUAGCUUGUGAUCAUGCAAAGUAUUUCAAAUAUUGGCUAUCUGACACUUUGCUAGACGUUCGAAUGUUGGCAAAAAGUUGUGGGACCAAAAUUUGUUUUCUGUGCAUGGAUGGAAAGCCAAUGCGCAGGUUUUCCUGACAUGACCCUCCAGCAUGACAAUACCACCACGCACAGAACGAGCAGUAUGACUGCAAGACAGGAAUGUCAGUGUUCUGCCAUGGCCAGCGAAGAGACCUUGAGGGCUAGGGCCAGCUGAAGAGACCUUGGAUUGCUAGCUGAAGAGACCUUGGAUUGCACCCUAGACCACCAGGGUACCAGCGCACGCCCAGACAACACCGGAAUGGACAUCACCGCACGCUGCACACUGGGUGAUCCCAACAAGCUCCCAGAGGGUGUGCCCCAGCCGGCACGCAUGCCCUAUGUGUCCGACAAGCACCCUCGCCAGACAUUAGAGGUCAUCAAUCUGCUACGCAAGCACAGAGAACUGUGUGAUGUCGUGUUGGUGGUCGGCGCCAAAAAGAUCUAUGCCCACAGAGUGAUCCUUUCGGCCUGCAGCCCUUACUUCAGGGCCAUGUUCACAGGCGAGCUGGCCGAGAGCCGUCAGACAGAGGUUGUGAUCCGGGACAUUGAUGAGCGGGCCAUGGAGCUGCUCAUUGACUUUGCCUACACUUCGCAGGUUACCGUUGAGGAAGGCAAUGUGCAGACAUUGCUGCCCGCCGCUUGUCUGUUACAGCUGGCCGAGAUUCAGGAGGCUUGCUGCGAGUUCCUCAAGCGCCAGUUGGACCCCUCAAAUUGCCUGGGUAUCCGUGCCUUUGCUGACACCCACUCUUGCCGCGAGCUGCUGCGGAUAGCUGACAAGUUUACACAGCACAACUUUCAAGAGGUGAUGGAGAGUGAGGAGUUCAUGCUGCUUCCAGCCAACCAGCUGAUAGAUAUAAUCUCCAGUGACGAACUGAAUGUGCGAAGUGAGGAGCAGGUUUUCAACGCAGUCAUGGCCUGGGUCAAGUACAGCAUUCAGGAGCGCCGGCCACAGCUGCCGCAGGUCCUCCAGCAUGUUCGUCUUCCUCUUCUGAGCCCAAAAUUCCUGGUGGGAACGGUAGGAUCAGACCCUCUCAUCAAAAGUGAUGAGGAGUGCAGAGACCUGGUUGAUGAGGCAAAGAAUUACCUGCUCUUGCCCCAAGAGCGCCCUCUAAUGCAAGGGCCAAGAACACGCCCUCGGAAGCCCAUCCGGUGUGGAGAAGUGCUGUUUGCAGUUGGCGGGUGGUGCAGUGGGGAUGCCAUCUCCAGUGUCGAACGAUACGACCCACAGACCAACGAGUGGCGCAUGGUGGCUUCCAUGAGUAAGAGGCGCUGUGGAGUGGGUGUCAGCGUCCUUGACGAUCUUCUCUAUGCUGUUGGAGGCCAUGACGGGUCCUCAUAUCUCAACAGUGUGGAGAGGUAUGACCCCAAGACAAAUCAAUGGAGUAGUGAUGUAGCUCCCACAAGCACAUGCAGGACCAGUGUGGGUGUGGCUGUCCUGGGAGGGUAUCUGUAUGCAGUAGGGGGCCAAGAUGGAGUAUCCUGCCUCAACAUUGUUGAAAGAUACGACCCCAAGGAGAACAAAUGGACGCGCGUGGCCUCGAUGAGCACCAGGCGCCUGGGUGUAGCCGUGGCUGUACUGGGGGGCUUCCUCUAUGCAGUGGGAGGUUCAGAUGGCACGUCCCCUCUCAAUACAGUAGAAAGGUACAACCCCCAGGAGAACCGCUGGCACACCGUCUCUCCCAUGGGCACCAGGAGAAAACACCUGGGCUGUGCAGUGUACCAGGACAUGAUCUACUCCGUAGGAGGCCGGGACGACACCACCGAGCUGAGCAGUGCUGAGCGCUACAACCCCAGGACCAACCAGUGGUCAGCUGUUGUAGCCAUGACUUCAAGACGUAGUGGGGUUGGACUAGCAGUGGUAAAUGGCCAGUUAAUGGCUGUGGGUGGCUUUGACGGGACAACGUAUCUCAAAACAAUAGAGGUCUAUGAUCCUGACGCUAACACAUGGAGGCUCUAUGGUGGAAUGAACUAUAGGCGACUUGGAGGAGGGGUUGGUGUUAUCAAAAUGACUCACUGUGAAUCACACAUAUGGUAGCACCUCCAGGUCAAAGGCCUCACCGUCGCAUGUGCCUCCGAAAGAAACAUUGUUUAUCAUGCAAGGAACGAAGUCUAUAUUAACUGUAACACAGCCAUGUUAUUGGCAAGCCAAGGAAAUGUCUUGUGACUAUAAGCUUUACGGUUCCUGUGUCAAGUCUGGAAGGCUUAUCUUGGAGCCUACGGUUCAUCUCUCUUCUGUACUUCCUGUAUUAUGACUUGACUGGCCAAGAGGAACUAACUCUGAAUAGAUCAAUCACAUGAAGUAUUGUUUGACAUCAUGGGGGGAAAACCCUUAAUUUCCUAUUUUUUCGGUUACUGAAAUGAAUACUGCAGCCGCACUUUAAGAUACAAUUCAGAUUUUUGCUGUGGUACCGGUUAUAUUAUACCAACGUCUAGUUUCCUUUGAAAUAUUAAAUGGGGCAUGAAGAAGAAUCUUCAGAGAACUGAAGGUGCAGGAUGUGGUCUCACUGCUUCCCUUGAUCCUCGUUGUGGAAAGUGGAUGAACUUGUUAGGCAGUUGUUUAAAUCUAUAAAUUAAAUUAAAUGCACUGUGAUAA